UCUGGAUUUGAAGUUUUGAGCUAACGAAAAUCGACUUUAGUAGAAAAACCAAAACAAAUUUAAAAUCAUCUGCUCCUACUGUCACUUGCUACAAAUUUCCCCAAAUCCGAACCUCAAUUCCCGCCGGUCGAUUCGGGCUCACGUUGGAAUCGGGCCACACAUCAUGGCGUCGAAGCAAAUGGAAGAAGUGCAGAAGAAAUUGGCGAUGUUGAAUUACCCCAGAGCCAAUACGCCGGCGCAGUCACUCCUCUUUGCCGGCAUGGAGCGCUACGCCCUUCUAGAAUGGCUCUUCUUCAAAUUAUUGGGUGAUAAAUCUCCUUUUUCGCAGCAGAAUCUACAAGGAGAUGCUGUGGAUCGAGAUGAAGAGACCUCCAGGAUACAAUAUUUGGCAGAGAUUGCAAAAUUUUUGGGUAUCACCACUACUAUAGACACUGAAGCCAUCCAAGGUCGAGGAAGUUAUGAUGAUCGUACCGAAAUGUUGCAUCUUAUUGUAGAUCUUGUGGAGGCAAGCAUCCAUGCUGAUAAUCCUGAGUGGAGUGUAGAUGAGCAAGUAGCUAAAGAUAUUCAGCUCAUUGAUGCUAUAGCUGAGAAACAAGCUCAAAUUUUUUCUGAAGAGUGCAAAUUGUUUCCAGCAGAUGUGCAGAUCCAAUCAAUAUAUCCACUGCCAGAUAUAUCUGAUUUGGAGAAACAGCUUUCAGAUCAAUCAAACAGACUUCUAAACCUUCAGGAGAUGGUUGAUGAUCUAGCUUCUAAGCAUCCGUAUAAUCCAGAUGAAGAUUACAUUGAUGUUGAAGCAAAAUUACGGGAACAUCUAGAAUCUUUCCUUGAAACUGCAAGAUCGUUCAACACCAUUUACACCAAGGAAAUACGUCCUUGGACACAUAUGAUGGAGGUUCCCCAACUUCAUGGUUUUGGACCAGCUGCAAAUAGAUUGUUGGAGGCAUAUAAAAUGCUUUUGAAGUUCCUGGGAAACUUGAAGAAUCUUCGGGAUUCACAUGCAGCAGUAGCAGUUGGAUCUUCUGAAACAGUUGCUGGAGAGCCGUCCUCAGUAAUGCGAAUAAUUUCAGAGUGUGAAACUGCUUUAACAUUCUUGAACAGGGAUCUUGGAAUCCUCUCUGCAUCUAUUGCUCGUGAAAAGGGCGAGGACGUCUCUUUAUAAAUGUGUAGAGAAGUUGGUCAAUGUUUAAAUUGUGCAUCUCAUUGUUCGGUUGAGUAUGUGUUGUGGUAUUCGCUCUGUUAUUGUAUUGGCAAAGUUCAUCAAAUGCCCAUUCUAAGUUCUAACAUACUGAAAUAUCUACAUUAACUCCAGAUAUCAAUAUAACCAUCCAGAUUUGUUUUGUUA